AUGAAGCUGGCACAUGAUCAGCCAAUAGCUGGACAUUUAGGAACUGAGAAGACCAAACAACGUAUUCUUGCGUCAUUUUAUUGGCCUGGAUUGUUCCAAGAUGUGUCGGACUACUGCGCAGAAUGUGACACUUGUCAAAAAGUGGCAAAAAGAAUUGCGGAAAGAGCUCCUAUGGUCAACACACCUAUCAUAACUGAUCCGUUUUCAAAGAUCGCAAUGGACAUCGUUGGCCCACUCAAUAGGACAACUCAAGGUAACAAAUACAUUCUGACUGUCAUUGAUGAAGCUACGAGAUACCCAGAAGCUUUUGCUUUACCAAGUUGUGAAGCUGAACGAAUAGCCGACACUCUCAUUACAUUAUUUAGUCGAGUUGGAAUUCCUAAAACUAUUCUCACUGACCAAGGAUCAAAUUUCACGAGUGCGCUCCUGAAAGAUUUAUAUGAGAAAAUCAAAAUCAAGGGAAUAACUACAACGCCUUAUCACCAGCAGGCAAAUGGCAAAGUUGAAAGAUUUAAUGGAACGUUAAAGUCAAUGUUGAAAAAGUUGUGUAUGGAGAAUGGCGAAGAUUGGGAUGUACUACUUCCCUAUGUACUUUUCGCGUACAGAGAAGUCCCGCAUGAGGAGACUGGUUUUUCACCAUUUGACCUGUUGUACGGAUGGCCAGUAUGUGGUCCUCUUAGUGUUUUAAAGAGCUUCAUGACUGGUGAGGAGGAAAUAAAAACAUCAGAGAUAGAUCAUGUCGUCAACAUCCGAAACAAACUGGCUGAUGUGACACAACUCGUGCAAAACAACUUGGAAAUGAGGCAGUCGAAGAUCAAAGAUUGGUAUGAUCGCUCAGCAUCCAAAAGGACUUUGCGCCCUGGUGAUGAAGUACUCGUUCUAACUCCCGACCGAACCUGGCAAGAUGUCCGCUCAGUGGAAAGGACCAUUUCGUGUGGAACAGAAAAUGAAAUUGGAAUUGAACAGCAAUUUCCUAACGACACCACAGAAACCAUUUCAGAUCUUGUCUUUGGACAUGGGCUGACUCAAGUGCAGAGACAGAGUUUAAGGGAUGUUUGUCAGAAAUUUUCAAGAAUUUUCACAUCAAAGCCGGGAAAGUGUGAUGUUAUCUCACAUACAAUCAAAACAAUGUCUGAGAAUCCAAUUACUGAGAGACCUUACAGGAUACCGGAAGCUAAGAAACAGGAAGUGAAGGAGUCUUUGAAUGAAAUGUUAGAACAAGGACUUAUUACACCAUCCAAAAGUCCGUGGGCCUCACCAAUUGUCCUUGUCAAUAAGCCUGAUGGGACAAUUAGAAUUUGUGUUGAUUAUAGGAAACUGAAUGAAAUAACUCUCACGGAUCCUUAUCCCAUUCCACGCAUGAGUGAAGUAUUUGAGAAAAUUGGAAGCGCAAAAUAUUUGAGUAGAUUUGAUCUAACAAAAGGCUACUGGCAAGUUCCGCUGGCAAAGGAAACGCGCGAGAAAUCCGCCUUCAUCACCCCAUUUGGCCUUUUCGAGUUUACAGUGAUGCCGUUUGGUAUGAAGACGUCUCCAGCAUCAUUCAUAAGACUUAUGGAUCGUAUUUUAGAUGGAACUCAAAAUACUGUUGCGUACUUUGAUGACAUAAUUGUUUACAGUCAGACGUGGGAAGACCAUAUCAAACAUGUAACAGAGCUGCUUCAGCGUAUUCAUGAGGCCAAUCUUACCAUCAGACCAUCAAAAUAUAUAGGAAAUUAUGCGGACAUAACUGUACCACUGACUGAUCUACCGAGAAAAAGUCAGCCCGCAGAAUUAAAAUGGACGGAGAGGGAAGUGCAGUCAUUCAAGAAACUGAAGGAGGCCCUGAUGACAGCUCCUGUUUUGGUCAAUCCGAAUUUCAAUUUACCGUUUGUACUACAAACAGAUGCGAGUAAUAACGCAAUUGGGGCUGUCCUAGAACAGAUGCCAGAUGGUGAUCACCCAGUUGCUUACCUUAGUAAGAAGUUACUUCCAAGGGAAAAGGACUAUUCAACGAUAGAGAAGGAAUUAUUAGCUAUCGUUUGGGCCAUUGGAUCGUUUUCGUAUUACCUAGAGGGGAGGAAGUUUUACGUAGAAACAGAUCACAAUCCACUAACAUGGUUGCAUCGCUUGAAGAAUAAAAAUCAGAGACUUUUACGUUGGGCCCGCGCACUACAAUCGUUAACUAUCAGAAUGAAAAAUUGUCAAUUUUUGACGAUUUUUCUCUGUUUGCCGAUCCAAGUUAUGCCUUGGGUUUUCCAUGUGAAGAAUAUGACAAAUCUGCAUUCAAAUUACCUAGAUCACUGUGACAGUGGUUUUCUAUGCUCCGAAAUGAACAAAACUAAUGCCUCGACCAGUGAAAGCAGUGAAAAGCAGAAUUGUCCUGUUUGCCUUUGUACGCAUGAUUGUGAAGUGAAAGGCCAGUGCUGCCCAGAUAAAUCCUUAAGCAAAUGCAUUCAACCAGAUUAUUUUUUGAAUCAAAAAUAUUAUGUGGAAUCAGACAGAUUCAUGAUGGUUUCCGCAUGCCCCCAACGAUACGGUUACCUGGAAGAUGACUGCCUCUUGGACUUAAACCCAAGCAGUUUUCAACAUCUUGCACCUGUUAUCUCACUGAAAACUAACAUCACCUAUGCGAAUGCUAAAUGUGCCAAGUGUCAUGGAGAAAGUGAAUUUAUUGAAUGGCCGUCCUCUGUCAUUUGUUUUCAAAAAGAUUUCGAUGUAAACAUAUAUUCUGAUGUUGAUGGGUUGUGGGAAGGUAUGAAUGAAUAUGACUGUGUCUUAGAGUAUUUCCCUCCACCAGGAAGUAGCCUGGCUCUGUGCAAAAUACGGUCUCUGGUUUCGGAAUGUAAUGUCACCGGUGAAUGGGAUGUCUUUGACGAGGACCUAGAAACUGCCUGCAAAAAUUAUUGGAACCAAUAUGGUGUGUUUCAAAAUGUCUUCUGCUUCCUUUGUAAUACAGGCGUCGACCAAAGAAAACUCUAUAGAACACAAUACAACAUAUAUAAAGGAAACAUGACCAUACAACAAGAUUUUUUCGAUGAAGGUGUAACGAUAAUAGAAGAAUGGAAUAAAUUUAAUAAACAAUAUAAGGCAAAAUUAACAUUGCUGUCCUUGGAUGUUUUGGAAAAUGUCAAACAAAUGCUGAAGGAAAGAAACCAAACAAGUGACUCGAAAAUAUCGGAGAACCUUGUGAAUAUGACUGCUUUGUUUACGGAAUACGUCAGGUCCGGUGGAUACCAAGAUUGGUGCCAGGAAGACCACCAAGUCCAAAAAAUUCAUCCUGGUUUCAGAAGCCGAAGAAAUUGUACAUGUGACCAGAACUGUUAUAAAUCUGCCUCCUGCUGUCCUGACGCAGCGUAUAAUCACACAAUGGCGUGUUUUCUACCAUUUUUGGGACAGAAGGAUGACCCAAAACCCAAUGAAGCAUUUUUCGUUAUAAGCAGAUGCCCAAAACAAUAUGAAGAUGUUUUUAUCAAAUCAAAUUGCGAGAAAUCGUUGGAUUUUGAGAUUUUCGAUAUUCCUGUUAUUAAUGUGAAGACAAAAGAAGCAUAUAAGAACCAUUAUUGUUACCUCUGUCACCACCAGGAAGAUAUUUUCAAGAACACCACAACAGAGAUCAAGGCCUGGAACAUCACUAUUGUUUGUCCCAGUUUGCUUUUCCCUAUGUUUGUUCCAUCGAUCGCCCUUUUGCUCCAGGCUGCUAAAUCAAAGCAAUGUUUUAUUUAUUUCACUACGAUAUUUCAUUUAGAAUUUUGCGAUGAGAAUAACUUUUCAAUAAUACAAAAGUGCAACGCCACUGGAAUGGUCGAAUCAGUCAGUCAAGAUGUUUUAACGAUGUGUGAAGAUCCACUUAUGAAUAUUAUGGCAAAAUCCCGUAAUUAUCUGUACAAGAACCAAAUAUGUGACGUAUGCAACACUGAAGUCUACGAAGAACCAUUAGGAGUAUGUACUGACCCUGAUUUUGAUUAUUUAGGGACAAUCUGCGAAUACGGAGAAUUAGAUUUAGAUUAUUAUCCAUACGAGAAUAUUUUCUGUAUGCAAUGUAACCCAUUCGAUAAAGGUGGUGGUAAACUUGAUCCUGUAUCUGGCAUGCGGUCCUAUCGAAAUAUAUUUUCUAUCUUUGACACAGAAGAAAGAGAUGAACAGACAACUACCGAAUGCAAAGAAUCAGAAUUUUUGGAUGUUUUUACGAAAACAUGUAGGAAGCUCUAUUGUUCACCUGGAAAAUAUUUACAAGAUUCUUCGUGUCAGUUCUUUAUCACAGAAACCCAGCUUGUGAGUUACACCAUGGCCUUUAAAAUUUCUAUAUUUUCAAAUUCAAGCGAGAGCAACAUUUACUCAAUUCUUGAAAAUCUCAAGAAGUUUAUUCAACCUGAAAUAACCGAAGGGUACACUGAAUUCAUCGAUUAUUAUUUUUAUUCAAACAAACCUUGCAACGAACUGAAAAUCUCACUUCAAAAUCUGACCAUCGAAGAAGAAGCCAUGAUUUAUCUUCAGAUGCGCAUCAAUGCUUUGUUUCCAGAUUCAUUAAAUCGAACAAUUACAGAAGAACAUGUGAUGAAUUUACCAAAACUAACAAUUAAUUUACAAGGAGUUUCCCUGACCUUUCAGGAAAGUCUUGAAGCAUGGUAUAUUCCAUUCAUGUAUAAUAGAAAAACAACCAAAAGCUGUCUCGAAAGAAUUUCAACACCAGUCUACGAAAGUAAAAAUGCAUUUGAUGUCAAUAAUUUAUUGACAUGUACACAGAUACAAAUAGAACGAAAUGAAUAUAAUUUUUUGAGAGAUGGAAUUCGUGUUUAUAUACCAUGCAUAAAUUUAUAUUUUAUA